GAUGUCUCCGCCGAAGUUUGCCGCGGCAAGCGCCGCACGUGGGAGCCCCGCACCGAGCCCCCAGCGCCGGCGGCUCCCGGCCCCGCGUCCCCGCCCGGCCCCGGAGCAGCAGCGGGGGCGGUGGCGGCGGCGGCGGCUCCCGGCCCCCCCCAGCUGGGGGAUGCCCCCCUGAAGCGCCGCCGCGCCGUGGCCCCAGCGCUGGGGAUGCGGCAGCGCGCAGCCCCCCGGCACCGCUGAGCGCUGCGCGGAGGGGCCGCGCCGGGGGGCGGCCGCGGAGCAUGGCCAAGGCGCCCGGCCGCCGCCUCGGGGUAGCAUGGCCGUGAGCGCGGCGGCCGCCCCCGCCGCCGAGCCCCUGCCCCGCAGCAUCUUCAAGAAGUUCCUGGUGAUGCUCUGCUCCCUCCUCAUGUCCCUCUACGUCUUCUAUUGCCUGGCCGACCGCUGCCAGACCCUGCCCGGACCCAUCAUCGCCGCCGGCGCCGCCUCGGAGGAGGAGGAGGGCGGUGGCGGCGGGUACCUGGGGGGCUCGGCCGAGUUGCCCCCCUGGCAGGCGGCGGCGGCGCGGCGGAAGCGGCUGCUGCAGCGGCUCAAGCAGCGGCGGCGGCGGCAGGAGGCGGCGCCGGGCGAGGAGGUGCCGGCCGGGGGCGGCGGGAGCCGGGCCGGCGGCUCGGGCGGCGGCGGGGGCAGCACGGCGGGCACGCCCGGCACCCUGACGUUGCUGCUGGGCGAGGGCAGCAAGCGGCUGCCUCAGGCCAUCAUCAUCGGCGUGAAGAAGGGGGGGACGCGGGCGCUGCUGGAGUUCCUGCGGGUGCACCCUGACGUCCGCGCCGUCGGCGCCGAACCCCAUUUCUUCGACCGCAACUACGAGCGGGGACUCGCCUGGUACAGAGACCUCAUGCCCAGGACCCUGGAGGGGCAGAUCACCAUGGAGAAGACCCCCAGCUACUUUGUCACCAAGGAGGCCCCAGCCCGCAUCUCCUCCAUGUCCAAGGGCACGAAGCUCAUCGUGGUGGUGCGGGACCCCGUCACCAGAGCCAUCUCGGACUACACCCAGACGCUCUCCAAGAAGCCAGAUAUCCCCACCUUUGAGAGCCUGACCUUCAAAAACAGGACUACGGGCCUGAUCGACACCUCGUGGAGCGCCAUCCAGAUCGGCAUCUACGCCAAGCACCUGGAGAACUGGCUCCUCUACUUCCCCAUCGGGCAGAUCCUCUUCGUCAGUGGGGAGAGGCUGAUCAGCGACCCCGCGGGGGAGCUGGGCCGGGUCCAGGACUUUCUGGGCCUCAAGAGGAUCAUCACCGACAAACACUUCUACUUCAACAAAACCAAGGGCUUCCCCUGCCUGAAGAAGGCAGAAGGCAGCAGCAAACCCCACUGCCUGGGGAAGACGAAAGGCAGGACCCACCCCGACAUAGACCAGGAGGUGGUGCAGAGACUGCGGGACUUCUACCGGCCCUUCAACAUGAAGUUCUACCAGAUGACGGGGCAGGACUUCGGCUGGGACUGAGGCUGAAAGAAAUAAUUUAAGAAAAGAAAAAUAUAAUAUAAUAUAUAUUUUUUUUACAUAUUAGUAGAGAAGGGGAAAAUACAGAAAAAAAAAAUAGUUGUGCUGAAACAUGAUUGCUUCUGAUUUUUUUUUUUUGCUUUUUGUCAUUUUCUUUCUUCUCGCAGAGGUGAUGUGUCUGUCCAGAAAAGGAGGCUGUGAACAACCUGGUCCUAUUGACAUGGCCUGCAGCUUAGCUGCCUCCUUCAAUGGGCCCAAGGUUUAGCACUGUUUCUGCAAAAAAAAAACAAAGGUAAAAAAGGUGCAAAGUUUCCCUAUGUCCUCAAGUCCACCCCCAGAAGUGAGAGGGGUGCUUGGGGGAGCUCAGAGCCUCCCUGGAAGGUCAGCCAGGUUUUGGCUUGCAAAUGCCGUUUUAGACCAAACCUCAUUACUUUUGACAAUUAAACAGAAGAGGCUUAAUAACUAACUUGGCUUUCAAAACCUUACCUUAGGGGAUUUUUUUUUAUUGCAUGAAACCUUUGGUGAAAUUAUUUUCAUUUAUCCAAUUUUUUGUUUGACUUCUGCCCUCCCUAAAUCAAGCUCUUUUCACCAACCAAACUUAUUUUUCAUCUUACAGAAGCCAAAACCAAUAAUCCUUUGUUGUGUUUUGAGACAAAACAAUUUUGGUAGCCAAAAGUGAAAGAAAACAAAUGAUUCUUUUGACUCAAUGAUGAAAACUGCCAGGUAGUCAAAAGGCUCAUUCACGGGGGUUGGCUCUAAACCAGGGUUCCCCAUUGCCAGCACCAUGCACCCCUUUGCUGGGCUGACAGCAACGUGCAUUUCCCUGGGGGGGGGCAUGACCCAUUUGCAGGGAUUUGGGUGAUGGGCAAGAAAGGUCCACACUGAGAUGAUGCUUGUGAUACCCAUCUUAAAGAUGAUGGAGGACCCACCGUCCCACCACUCGUAUGCAGGGAACAAGUUCACAGUGUCUGGUGGAUAUUUAAGCCAUAAUGAAGAAUAUUUUAAGUUGGACCAGUCUUAAUAUAGCGGAGAAAGGGUUUUUUGGGAAAAAAUGAACAAAAGUCAUGUCCAGAAAGGGAAGAGAAUGAGGAGAUGCUGGAAGGUUUCUUGUCGUUUCCUAAAGGAGAACUGAGGGAGAAACAGGAACAGGAACGUGGGUUGUGCGGGGCUUUAAAAAUCAUCAGGCAAAACAAAUCUCCUGUUUGCAAUAACCAGGAGCUUUAAAUUCUUCACUUUGAUCCUUAUCACCUUUUUUGGCUGGUAGAAGUGUCUCAGCAACAGAAAUCUAUUAGUGAAGCAGGAUCUUGUUAUUACCGUGGGCUCAUUUAUCUGCUGUCUCUUUAUCUUCAGCAUUUUCUGGACUAUAGGAGCAUCUAAUUAUUGGUUGGUGCUGUAUAAACACAGCUCCCUCUCCCAAGUCUAACUUUGGAAAGGCCUGGAUGCGGUAAAACAAACUACAUGGGGGAUCAUCUGGUAACCUGGGUACCAAGCUCACCAUGUACCUGCACACCAGGCAAGAUGUUAAUAAAAUCACAGCAGAGAUUGCAAGGAGUCCCAAUGACACGAAGUCCCGGGACCUUCCUAUCCCCUGAAGACACACCGGUUUUAGAUGCAAAGCCCAUUUCCCAAGGUAAUUAAAACAACUUCAUUAGUGUUGUGAGGCCCCAGGACCUUGUUCCACCAUUGCUGCCCCAAAGCCCCACCUGAGCUCAGGUGUCCAUGCCCCAGCUGGUGAUGGGCUGGUGGCACCAAAGCCAGGCUGAGCUCAGGGGUCUGUUCUGACACAGCACAGCUCAGUGCCACCCUCACUAAUACCUUCAGGCUUUUCCCACCUUCUUGUUCCAGUGUGUCCCAUUUUAAGCCCCUUUUUGGCAAUGUACUGUGCCACAUCUGGGUAAACAUUUUACAUAACUGCCUUCUGCAAACGCCUUACAGCGGAAAUGCAGAUGGGGGGGUCACACAGACCCCCAACAGCCCUUUCUCUUACCUGCCUCCCUUCAGCCCCUCAAAGUUCAUGCAAGAGAUGAUGUGAGAAAAUCGGAGAUGGAUGAGCCUCUUUGGCUUCACAGGGUCGUGGUCCCUCCCAGCAUCUCUGCAGCUCAUUGCUGGAGCUCAGAGCUCCCAAAUCAGAGUCACAGAGUCCCAGCCUGGUGGGGGCUGAAGGGCCCUCUGCAGAUCCGCCAGUGCAACCCCUGCUCACGCAGGGUCACAGAGCAGAUCACACAGGUGGGUCCAGGGGGUUUGAAUGUCUCAGAGAAGGAGACUCCACACCCGCUCUGGGCAGCCUGGGCCAGGCUCUGGCACCUCCCAGCAAACAAGUUUCUGUUCCUAUUCAGAUGGAGCCUCCUGUGCUUCAGUUGAAGUUGGAAGAGUGUUUGGCUCUUGGUAAUGGUCUCCCUUACGUACCACUGGAGCCGAGGGCGGCAGCAAUCUGCACUCCGCCUGUGCUGGCCAGAUCAAGGGGGAAUGGGCUUAAGGUGUAACCAAAAGGGUGGGAGUUAAUUCAUGGGAAAACCUUUCUAACAGGAAGGCUUGUUGGGGCAGGACAGGGCCAUGGCCACCAUCCCUCCCAUGCUCUGCUCUUCCAUCCCAGUGCCAAAGCCAAGCUGGUGGCAAGGACAAGGCACCACUCACGGGCACGACUGAACCAUGCAGCACCACUGAGGCACCGAAUCCAAGGUUUUCCAGGCUGAAAUGAUUUAAGCAUGCCAUUUCUUUGGUAUUUCAAGGAGAUGUAAGGUUGGGCUGAUCUGUACAUGCCUUUGACAAGCAUAAAUAUCACUUAAGAGUAUGAUUUUUAAAAAAUCAAUAUAAUUAUAUUGCUAUUGUCUCUCAAACGGUCACAUUUAGACUGAUAAAAAGCAGCUUUAUAGUGCUACAGAUUGUUCUUCCCAUAUUGAACCGGCUAUAGCACUAGCCAGCACCUUCAUACAAAUUAAUUUCUAGAACUGCCAUCAAAUCACCGUCAUUAAAUCAGUAUAUAGCUUUGGUGUGUACACAAGCCCAGCUAUCGUACCUGCCUUUACAGAACUCUUCCCAGCACACUGAUCUCUGCUACAUAGCCAUACAUUCCCAAAAAUGCUUGAAUGUUUUACACCCACUGUUUUCUGAGGGUUUGAACCCCUCGGUGCACACUUAGGAAAACUAUCGGGGGAGCUGAGACUGUAAUUGAUUUUUUCGGCCUGGGCCAUAAGUAUUUUUGAAAAUCUCUCCACGUAUGAACAAUGGCUUUUAAAAAGAGGUCCCGCAAUCAAAUGCUUUGAACUCUAAUAACAUUUAAGCCUCUAAACUCUUUAGGUUUGUUUUAAAAUCCAGCCAUGAAGUUUAGAUUAUUGUAACCUAAGAAGAAUUGGAAGUAAACUAUCGAAAACUGCUCCCCUCUUAGGCCUACAAUAAUGAGCAUGUGUACUAGGAGAAAGCAAAAACAGCUAUAAAUAAAAGUUAAAGUGAUGUAUAAAGUUCAAUCAAAAAGAAAAAGCAGAAAAAUCAAUACAUUAACUAUGAGAAACUAAUUAGGUGUAUUCAAAUUCUUCUGGUUUCAAUAAACAAAUGUGCCAUUAGGCACUGAUGAAGCUCCGGCUUAUAUGCCAUGCAACAUUUAGAUUUUUAGAACAUGUAAAAGAAAAACAAAAUAGAACACACCUUUAUAAAGCAUCCUGUCAAUGUCAGGUGUUGAAUUAAUCUUUCACAUCUCCGCCACCCCGCUUUGCACAGCAGUGGCUCUUGGAGGCUUUGCAAAGCAACUCACACCGCUCAGCCCCACAAAUGGGCCACAGAAACCACCAUAAGCUUUGGUACGGGGGGCUGAGCACAAGUAUUGCACUUAUUCUUCAAAAAUCUGUUGGUUUGGGGUUUUUUUCCACUGAUGGUGACGUGUUUUGGCACAGGCUCCUAGAGCCCAAUUCAGACAUACAGCUGGAGGUGAGACCUCCCUUUACCCACUGCAGCCAAACCCCAAGUGCAGGAAGGCUCUUUGCAUCACGCUUCAACUGGCCACAGCUGGGAAAUUUCCGAGAAAUAGGUUUUUCUUUACCAGUGCAGCUUGGCAAAACUAAACCCGGACCCUCUGCUGUGGCAAUUCGCAUCACUGUGAUUUCUGGAAGGGCGAUGACCCGGCUGCUGCAUCCACCUUGUACUUGGUGCUGAUUUUGUGCCAUGGGGAGUUGUAUCAACUCUUAGGAAAAUGCUGCCACCCAAUAAUUUACACAGUUAAAAGGAAUAUAAACAUGCCAUGAAAAUCAGUAUAUGGGCUCCUCUACCUGGUAUUCGGGGUGAUCUCUAGGGCGCAGCACUAAGUUAAAUUUCCAGCUAUUAUUUAGCCAUGUCUACCCUGCACCGAGCAAUUUGGAUCCUCAGCCUCCUCAACUAUCCCAUAUACACACUGGCACACACAAUGGUAGGUGUCCAGAUUAGGAAAAGAAAACAAAAAUUGCCCAUUUUCUUAACGAUUAAAAAAAUUCUUGUUCGUAUAUAACGGCUUCUGGGUUUUCUCUGCUCCCUCCCCCUUGCUUGGUGAUACUGUCACCCUUCUCCCUGCGGUGCUAUUUCAGUAUGAAACAGACUGAUUUUUCAUUUAAUUUAAGAAUGAAAAAAGCACACGUUUAAUAAAGUUUACGGGUACUGA